AUGGAUAUUCUUCAAAACCUCAAGGAGGGGGAUAUUGAAUGGAGAGCUUAUUGGAUGGUCCCCGACGAGAUCAUGUACCGAUGUGGUAACUUCGAUUGGGUGCCAUUGUUAGGAAUCUGGGGAGCUACUGGGUAUACUCCGUUGAUAGCUUUAAGGUUAGCCAUCGGUUCUAUGGUAACAUCCGAGUACAGCGAGUGGUUUAAGAAGAGGAUUAAUGAUAAUAUUCCUAGGCCAAGCUUGGAGAGUGCUCGACCUGUCGGAGAACAAUUACAAAUCGCCCCAUCAGAAUUAGAGAUUAUAAGACAAGAUUUCGAGAAGAAAAGUUUGGAGCUUGGGAAAAAGAUCGAACAAUUGGAGGAAGAGAAGAUGCACCUAAGGUUAGAGGCUGAUGUCCAGAAGUCAGAGGCUGAGAAGUGGAAAAAAGGAAAAACUAAGGCUGAAGAAGAUCUAGACAGUUUGAAAACGGAUUACAAGAAGUUACGCCUAUCUAUGAGGACUGCGGGCUUAGGUAAGACUUCCGAACAAUGGCGCCAUGAAAUUCGAGAAGAAAAGGCUAAUACCGACCGGUGGGAAAGGAAAUUCCGAGAAGCUCAGGCACGAAACCAAGAUUUGGAGAAAAGUCUGUCGGAAAGCAGAAAUGAGCGAGGGGAAUUAAGGGCUAGAGUGUCAGAAGUCGAGAAGUCUUUGCGUCAAUACCGAAACUGCAACACCGCGAUGGAAUUGAAGGCAAGAUUGAGCAAGAUAGAAGAAAUGAAAGGAAAAAUUGAAGAGUUAGAGGCGUCGCUACAAAACUAUGAGAUGAGGGUCCAAUUUUUCGAGGCAAACGAGGAUCGUUGGAAGGAGCAGCUUCACCAUGCGCAAGACCAAGUUAGAAACAGAGAUUACCUUAUGGGGGAGGCCAUAACUCAGAUUCGGGAAGUAGCGGACUACUUGCAAACUUUAGCUGUCCAGGCGGACACACUGAGCGUGAAAUAUGAGUUAGUAUCGGAGCGCGGACAAGAGCUGGCCUCAUUGCUUAGAAAAAUUAGGACUUUGGGCGCUAGAGCGAGAUUUUAUUUGUAA